AGGCAGAUAGCUGGAUAGACCCAACUGGAAGUCAUGACGGAAAAACAACCAGGAGAUGGAACUGAGAACCCGAUGACAGGCUGAAGUGAAGGACCAUGGAACUAAGUUAGAGGUCCACAGAAAGAGGGCAGAGUUGAGGACUAAACUCUGUUUAUUGUAUCAUGUGCUUGUCUGAGCAAGAGUACUGGCAGAACAGGCAAUUGUGGAAGGGCCAAGACAGCCACGCCCUUCAGAUGUCACCGCACGGCAGAGAUAAACGUAUUGAGAAUAUGCAAAACCUAAGGAAACAGAAGAGGAAACUUAGUAAACGGUUUACAAGACCUGCACCUAUUCCAGAACCAGGACUCCUAGAAAUGAGCUUGACAAAGUGGUCCCUGAGAGCAAUGCCAGCCCCAGCAUCAAAGGUGGAAGAGUGGCUGUCACUAUUAAAGUUGCAGGAGACAACCAGUGGUCAUAAAGCUGGAAUCUGUACAGAAGAAAUCAUGCCAGACCAUAACAUGCAGAUUUAUAACAUCAAGUGGCAUCUCAUAAUUUGACUUCAUUUGAAAAAUAAAGGCAAUACUCUGUCAUUUCAGCAAAAUAAAUGCAGUGCAACCAUGUAACAUCUAAACCACAGGGUCUAGAAUUUUAUUAAAUACCAUAAUUCAUUAUCA